UGAUGACGUCAGGGGCGGGGCCGGGGACGUGACGUCACCCAGGUGUGUUUCAGGUGAGAGGCGGCAACAUGGCGGCCGGGAGGAGCGAGGUGUGUUCCUGCGGCUUCAACCUGGAGAAGGGUCCGCGGCAGCUGAUGAGAGCCGGCAUCGCACUGAUCUUCGUGGGCCAUGUCAACUUCAUCCUGGGGGCCAUAGUACACGGCACUGUACUGCGACACGUGUCCAACCCAGAGCGCAGGGUCAGCCCCGAGUACUGCGCCGCCAACAUCAUCUCCGUGGUGUCUGGUCUGCUGAGCAUCACGACUGGAAUCUGCGCCAUACUGACAUCCAGGAACCUCGGCAGAGCCAAAAUUGACUGUAGUCUGAUUCCUGUUCCUGUCUCCCCGCAGCACUGGUCCCUCCUGGGUCUGUCGCUGCUGAAUGCUCUGCUCUCCGCUGCCUGUUUUAUGGGGUUAGUUCUGUCCGUUUCGCUCACCAUUGCUAAUGGCGGCAAGAACCUGAUCUCUGGAUGUAACGCGACCGUCCUCCCGGCAGAUACGCACUCCGUGGUUAUGAGCAAUGAGUGUCCCUUUGACACGACGCGGAUCUAUGACACCACGCUGGCCCUCUGGUUCCCAUCCAUGUUCCUCUCCGCUGUGGAGGCCGCACUGUCUAUCCGUUGUUGUGUCGUGGCAUUUAUACUGAGAGGGAUUGGCCCGUGCGGCGAGACUUACCUGAGACAGAAGCUACAGGAAGAGGAGGCUGAGAAGGAGAGGCUGGAGGAUGUUAUGAGGCCAGAAACACAUCAGCUGAUAGAGGCGCAAGCAUAAACCAGACUGGAGCUUCUUGGAGAUGUGAAGACACAUGAACCCUCCGCUGUGCGGACAUCACUCCAGAAUCGUGUAUCCCCUAUGUUACUGUGUCUCCCAAUUUCUUCUCUUCUCCUGGAGCCUUGUGCAUGCAGAAUAACACUGGCUUAUCAGCAGUGUGUCUGAUGUCUACUGUAAAGGGGUUUUUAAUUUAAGUGUUUGGUUUUUUAUUUAGAUUUUUUUUUAUUAUUCAAUAAACGCCUCUAAUGUAACAUAACAACCGAAGCUGCUGACAUUGUACAAUUAAUCCUGAGAUUCAAUAAAUCUUGUGAAUAAAUCAA